UUUGAAGUCCAAGACUUUUUCGACUUUCUGAUUCCUUGCAAGGAUCAUGGAGGAGGAAGGUAACAAUGUUGAACAAGCCCAGAUGAACAUUGCGCUCAUUCAUCUAAAAUGGAUGCGAGAAGCAAUGGUAAUGGCAGAAGAAGCAUUAGCACACAGCGAAGUGCCGGUGGGCUGCGUCUUCGUCCGGAAAAACAGCAUAAUCGCGCGUGCGAGGAAUCGCACCAAUGAAUUAAGAAAUGCUUCUAGACAUGCCGAGCUCGAAGCUAUCGAUCUUAUCCUCGCUGAUAAGGAGCUGACACCAGAGUCCACUCGUUAUCCUCUGACAGAUACUGUACUGUAUGUCACAGUGGAACCAUGCAUCAUGUGCGCUUCUGCACUUCGUCAGCUAGGCAUUAAAGAAGUCUUUUAUGGAUGUGAGAAUGAUAAAUUUGGUGGGUGCGGGAGUGUGUUAGGUGUCAAUGCGAGCGAGAGGCAUCCAGUUCAUCCAUCCUACCGAGCUACCAGCGGGUACCUUCGAGAAGAAGCCAUAAUGAUUUUACGUCGCUUUUAUGUGACAGAAAACGCAAACGCUCCGAUCCCAAAGCAAAAGUCAAGUCGGGUUCUCAAGACAGAAAUUCCCCCGAAGAUCCAAACCUGACCGCCGCUCACAAUGGUAUUACGUUCCAAACGUUUGAUUGUCAGCAUGAGAAGGCUGUGGCGCUGAUUGCAGGCUUUUUUUUUCACAAGGUCGUCCAGGGCCACAGCAUU